GCUAGGGUGCUGGGGUAAGGGAAUGGGCUAUAGCCUGUACUGUCAAAUUCAGACGAUUGGACGUGACGAAUUACACCUACUGCGUAUUUAACAAGUUUAGGGCGUUCUAGAAGGAAAACAAAUGCGCGCAUAUAUUUGCGAUUUUUGAUGCCAUUUUUUUGUGGACCGCUUUUCUACGAAUAUUUGCGCAGCAAUGCUUGGUCUGCCUUACAUCCCCCUGUUCCUUCUGGCGCUGCUGUCCAGCGAGGUCGCGUCUGGUCCGAAGGUGCAGAAAAAACCGCCACGCUCCCGCCCGUGCCUGGACUUACCGGAGGAGAUCCUGGAGCAGAUGUUUGGGCGGCUCUCGGUCGGUGUUCUAAGCGCCUUCCACCACACUCUGCAACUCGCGCCCCAGGAGAGGGAGAACCUGACCUGCCCAUCGGCGGGGCGUCCCGGUCCGGACAGUAAGUCUCGGGUUCCUGUCAAUAUGCUGAGCAUCUCCCCCUGGGCGUACAGAAUUUCACACGAUCCCGCGAGAUACCCACGGUUCAUCCCCGAAGCGUACUGCUUGUGCAAGGGAUGUCUGACUGGUCCGAACGGAGAGGAGAGCGAGAAGUACCGCAGCACCCCGGUCUUCAUGCCCUCUGUCAUCCUGCGGCGCACUGGGACCUGCGCCGGCGGCCGCCACGCCUACGUCGAGAGCUACGUCUCCAUCGCCGUGGGCUGCACCUGCGUCCCGCUGUUAGACAAGGACGCCAAAGCCACCAAUCAGAGCCAGGAGAGCUCCAACCAAAGCAGCCUUAAUUCAAAACCCUGAGCGUUCAUAUGCCAGCAAAUUCAAGACAAGAAUUAGAACUGAGUGGGCUAGACAAAGUAGGCUACUACACGUCCUACUGAGCAAACAUCUGUUUAGACUAUUUGAUGACUGACGAUGGACUUACAAAUUGCAGUCUACUCUUAAUCAACAUGUAAACUAUCUCCGACGUACCUACUAUAACAAAUUCAGUGCGUUUGUGAGGAGUAAACAAUUGAAUUUUUACUCGAUAAAUUAUCUGAUAUAUACUGCCACCUGCUGACCACAGAGAGACUUAUUCAGACUUGCGGUCAUGACAC